UUUGUGGAAGGAAAAUGCUGUUGCCAGGUAACAGCGUUGAACUAGAAACGUCCAAUUUUUCCAGCUUGCGGGGGGAUUGAAACAUGUUACAUCAUGGAAUCAAAAUUUUCUGAAGGGGGGGGGGGGCAAAAGAAAACAGCUGAUCCUGACUCCCAGCAGCCAAAGAGAGUCACAGAGAAGAGAAGGUACGCAGGUGUGAUUACAUAACCAUCAAAACACAUACGGGUGACAUCAUCACAUCAGGAUUAGAGCCUUGGGGGCAUUAGUGCUUCGUAGAGGGAGGAGGAAGGUAGUGUGCGGGAUUCAGCAGAGAUGAGCAGAAGUAGAAGGCAGGGAACAGUGAGCAUCAUCAACACCAGCUGAAGGCGCAGUGCGAGGCUUAUCCCCAUUCCAGAGCGCAGCGUCGGGAUCUGGCUCGCAGACGGGACUGAAACCAUGAGAGCUGGAUGGCGUCGGACGUGUGACGGCCCUGACUUUCCCCACCGUUCUCUCCGCAGGAGGAUUCGAUUUCUCUCUCAGCCUCCAGUGGAGGCAUAAGGGAGCAGCAAGAAGCAUCCAGCAGCACUCACAGCGGCGCACCUGCAGAUGUGGAGAAGGAUCAGCCUCACUCUGCUCAGGCAGACCUACGCAGCAGGAAGACAAUAAGGAGGGACGUCUGAACGCCAAACAGGGUGAAGCCUUCAAACCGGCGAGGAGGGAGUCUUCCUGAUUACACAAGGUGAAGCCUGUCCUCCCUGGCAGAGGAUGGGUACCACAGAGGCCACUUUACGCAUGGACAGCAUGGAGGUUAAAGAUGAGUGGCAGGACGAAGACUUCCCCAGGCCGCUACCAGAGGAUGGAGUUGAUUCUUCAUGUGGCCUCACUGACCACAGAACCAAUCCUCCCACCACUCUGAACGUCGGCGAGUCCCUGGCCCACCGUAAGCGUCGCACUCUGGUCGCGCCCGACAUGAACCUCUCCCUGGAUCAGAGCGAGGGGUCGGUGCUCUCUGAUGAGUUUCUGGAAACGCCCGACGACCUGGACAUCAAUGUCGACGACAUGGAGACUCCUGAUGAAACCGACUCUCUGGAGUUCAUCAACAAUGGCAACGACCUGGAGUGGGAAGAUGACACUCCCGUAGCCACGGCUAAGCGUCUUCCAGGUGAAAGUGGAGAGGAAAGAGACUCAUCUGGUCGUCUGUGGCGAACAGUGAUCAUCGGCGACCAGGAGCAGAGGAUCGACAUGCUGGUCAUCAGACCGUACCUGAGGGUCGUCACACACGGAGGUUAUUAUGGUGAGGGUCUGAAUGCCAUCAUCGUGUUUUCCGCGUGCUACCUUCCUGACAGUGGCUGCGAGGACUACACGUACAUCAUGGAGAAUCUCUUCCUGUACGUUGUGAGCAGCCUGGAGCUGCUGGUGGCAGAAGAUUACAUGAUUGUUUACCUGAACGGAGCAACGCCUCGCAGGAAGAUGCCUGGCAUCGGCUGGCUGAAGAGAUGCUACCAGAUGAUCGACAGGAAACUGAGGAAGAAUCUUAAGUGUCUCAUCAUUGCUCACCCAACGUGGUUCAUCCGGACCGUCCUGGCCAUCUCAAGACCUUUCAUCAGCGUGAAGUUCAUGGAUAAGAUCCGUUACGUUCACACCCUGGACGAGCUCAGCCAGAUCAUCCCGAUGGAGCAUGUGCAGAUCCCCGAGUGUGUGCUGCAGUACGAUGAUGAGAAGAUACAAGUACAAAGAGAAAGACUUCAGCAAGAGAAGCAGCAGAACAACUCUACGCAGGCUAAAGAAAGGCCAAAGUCAAUGAUAGCAGAGCUUAGUCAUGACAUCUGUUCAUAAGAAGAGACAUGAUACCGUGAAUCAACUAAAUGCUGGAAGUUGACCAGUCUGCAGCAUUGCAGUCCAGCAUUGGGUCCAGGAGCAAAGGACCAGAAGGUCACGUCUCCAGUCAGCGAGGACCAAGUUCAGAUUUACAGCAUCGCACCCGGUCAGAGGAGACCACGAGGAUGAUGUUACUCAGACCCGAGACUUAAAUCCAAAACAGCCCAUAAUUAGAUUGAGUAUAUUAUCAACAGCACAGAAACAUUUUACCUUCUCAAAAGUGGGGAAUACCUGCUGCUCUUUGUUUUUUAUUAAAGUGAACUAAAUAUUUUGUCUCUUUGGACAUUUCGUUGUUUUUGGUCGUUGAAAAUCUCUCACAAUUUUUUAAGCUUUUAUUUCCCUGACAAUUAUUCCAAUAAUAAUAAAAAAUAAUCAUAAUCGGAAAUCAAUUAAAUGUAUUGUUUCAGGAUUCAAAUGAAAUUUAAAGUAGAAGAAGUCAAGAAUCAAACCUGCAUAGAGCAACCGACCAAAGGCUCAACCACCUCAUUUAAUGAUUUGUGAUUUCUAUUGAAAUCUUUUUUCCAAGUCAUGUUUCCGGUCUUCAAAUUAGGAGUAUGUUUGCGUCCAAGAAAGGUUUGCUGAUCUCAAACAUUCCCUUAGUGCUCAUGUUACAUAACGCACAGCUGCUAAUCUCUUUAAGCCUGCUUGCACACAACUAAUCAAUUCUAUCUUUAAUCGGCUGCAAUGUGUCAAGUUGGAUUUAGUUUAGAGUUGAAAGGAUUAUUUAAGAAAGGUAAUAUUUGUGGAGGUGCACGAAUGUUGAUUGAUAUCAUUCGGACUGUCAGUUAAAGGAGACGUAAAAAGACGUGUCUGUGUUUGCAUUACAGAGCUUUAAAAUGAAGAGCCAAUGGGGGACAUUGCCUCAUUGAAAUGGACACCAGCCUACACAACAUCACACGCGUGUUGCACUGGAUUUAAUCUCCUGACUGGAUCCAUUAGCUGCAAGACAAUCCCUUCUGAAAUAAUAUAUUUUUGUUGAUGAGCUUGCUUCAAAAAAGUAUUUGCAUGUCAAGUUGAGUUUCAUUUACAGCAUGACUUUAGCUCAAUUAAUAAAAAAUGACUUUGAUGAACACUCCAUCUUAUUCAGACAAGGCUGAGAAUAUCAUCCGUUCCAAAGUGUACAUACUUGUAUAGAUAUUUUCAAGAAAGGUGUUUGCACAAAUAUUUCUUUUUUGAUAGGAGUGGCAUGGUUAUUGUUUGAUUUUAUGGGAGUUUACCGAAAACUAAUGUGCAAUGAUAUUGUCUUCUUACUCCUACAGUAGAUGUUACCGAUGCAAACGUGUGUUACAGUCUUCAACUUUUCCAGAGUUUGAUAUGCAGGUGGCAUGCUUGUUUAUACCAAAUUGAUUUUGUUCUUUCUCAUGUUUCAAAAUGUACUUUUACAAGAUGGAAAUUAUAAAAUGUUUAUAAAAUAUAUAAAAUUGUUGCAUUGUUGCAAAUAUAUUUAAAGAGAGAGUAAAAUUAAUCGUUAAAAGUGUUAAAUAUAAAAAUGUGCCAUUUAAUGUUUGGAAAGAAAUAAACGAAUGAGUGAACUAAG